CCACGUGGUUCAUAGAUCUCUCAUACUUUUUCUUUUUCUGUAAGCUAGAUCUCUUUCUUUCUCCUCCCUUCCUAUCCCGUUCGCCUAGGCUUCUCUCUCUCCGCCUGAUCUAUAGAAGUACAACUUUCGAUACCACACAUAUCAAAAUGUCAAACGCGGGACCAUCGACGGUGCAAGAGGAUCUUGUCUCACCCGAGAACAUGACUUCACGAGAUUACUAUGCGGACUCUUACGCUCACUUUGGUAUCCAUGAAGAGAUGCUCAAAGACAGCGUCCGCACGGGUUCUUACCGCAGCGCGAUCAUAAGCAAUCCUCAUCUUUUCAAGGGCAAGACUGUCCUCGAUGUUGGCUGUGGAACGGGUAUCUUGAGUAUGUUCGCGGCCAAGGCUGGGGCCUCUCAUGUUGUCGGGAUCGAUAUGUCGAAUAUAAUUGACCAAGCUAUCAAAAUUGUCGAAGCGAAUGGCUUCAAAGACAAAAUCACCCUUGUGAAGGGCAAACUCGAAGAAGCCGAACUCCCUAUAAAAGAGUACGACAUCAUCAUCUCCGAAUGGAUGGGCUAUUUCCUCUUAUACGAGUCCAUGCUCGACACCGUUCUGCUUGCACGCGACAAAUACCUCAAGCCUGGAGGCCUCAUCUUCCCUGAUCAGGCAACAAUGUAUCUGGCUGCCAUCGAGGACAGUGAUUAUAAAGAAGAGAAAAUCAAUUUCUGGGAUAAUGUGUAUGGGUUUGACUACUCGUGCAUCAAGGAUAUUGCACUGAGAGAACCUCUGGUGGAUACCGUCGAGCUCAAAGCGGUUGUUACGAACCCUUGUCUCAUCAAGAGCAUCGAUCUGCUUACCGCCAAAAAAGAAGACCUUACAUUCACCGCUCCCUUCUCCUUGACCUCCACCCGUAACGACUACGUACAUGCAUUCCUCGCGUGGUUUGACGUCUCCUUCGAGUGUACACAUACCAAGGUCAGGUUCUCCACUGGACCACACGCAAAAUACACCCACUGGAAACAAACGGUGUUCUACACGCCAGACACGCUCACUGUUUCAGAGGGCGAACAGAUCACGGGCCGACUGUCCUGCGCUCCCAAUGCACGAAACCCUCGUGAUUUGGACAUUACGAUUGCGUACCGGACGCCGCAUGAUACACAGGAAACAGAGAUUCAUUAUAAGAUGUCAUGAUGACCGAACCCCCUUGUCGAAUUCUUUUAUUACCCUCACGACAAUGUUCGAUACGCAAUUUGCACUGUGGCUUUGCUUUCGCAUUUGGACACUCGCAAUUCAACUCGGUGACACUUGGGCUUUUGGGACAUAUAGGUAUUAGACAUGCCGCCUUACUUAGAAUGGAGGCGAAGACUUUAUAUGUGAUAAUCUCAUCUCAUCAUUGUAUACUUGAUGCAUUUCCAUCCAGUCAGUUGACCGGAUCUGUAUACCAGUGUCAAAGUCUGUGCGCUAUCAUUUUGGAACAUGUCACAGAUAUUUGCGAUUAGUGCGCUGUU